GCGGUAACUCUAGCGCAUGCCUAAUUGCCUUCGUCUCUACUGAGCUCUAACUUCAGACUAUAGUCCAACAUGCAAGAGGAACCUGGAGACGACUACAUACGGCGCAUAGCGGGGUAUAUCAGAGAGAAUGAAGUCAGACUCGCUCAUGCAGGCCUUGGUCGGAGACGAAAGGCUCAUAGCGUCCCCAAUUAUUCCAUAUUCAAUCCUCUGGGAUGGGUCGGCCUUGCAGACUCGAAUGCUUCGCAGAGUCCAGUGGUCCUGUCCAUGGACACCCACCAUUUAUUCUACCUGCUCAUGCGCUUGGAAGCACUCGGCAUCGAUAUUGGCACACUUGACGUCCAGCUCGACGACCUGUCGCGUCCCCUGAGCUAUAUUGACGUUGGCCUCGGCAAGGACAAGUCCGAAACUCUUUCCAUCGCAGAGUCCUUCCGGUCAUCCUUCUCUGCCGUCUCUAAGCUUUCUCUGGGCAGCGCCUGGUGGUCCAGGACGGAACCCCGUACAGUCGAGGACGAACUCAAGUAUAUUUAUAGCUCCUUUACCAAGCUACCUGCUUUGUCCAUAACUGCGCCAGGACCUAAGGUCGUUACCGAGCUUGCCCACGACCCUCCUCUUAACAAUGCCAUCCCGCUAGACUCCUUCAAGUUCCUUCUGAGUCUAGAAUGUGUAGACGUCGAUCCUCGUGCACUGCUUGGAUGGGACAAGCUUGCAGAGUCACUCAGGAGUUUAACAAUAAAGAGGAGUGGUCUUGACAACCCGGCUCACAUAUUCUUGGAUGCCGUCGUGGACGAUCAACUACGAAGAGAAGGAGACGCAACAAGGUCGAGAAUACGGAAGUUGGGACAUCGUGUAUCACACCGUGGAUUCCACAGCUCGAAUUUACCGGAGACAGUCCAGGAGGAAUCCGAAGAUGAUUUAUCGGAGGAAUCAUCAUCAGCACCCGUUCUGUCACGCUUGUCGCCACUCAAAUGGGCGUUCUUGAAGCAUCUCUCACUUGCGGACAAUGCUCUGACCACUAUACCCUCGUCCAUGCUACCACCGUUGACAUCCCUCACUCAUCUCGACCUGUCCUCCAAUCUCCUUGUCUCCAUCCCUCAACUAUCUCCGCUGUACAACCUAACAUCUCUCAAUCUCUCCGACAACAUGAUUGAUUCCGUACUCGGCAUCUACAAGAAACUAGGCCAAGUUCUCGUCCUUAACCUCGCACGUAACCGGCUCGACUCCUUAUGCGGUCUCGAGCGUCUCAUGGCGAUAGAGCGUAUCGACUUACGAAACAACGUUAUCGACGAAAGCGCCGAAGUAGGGCGACUUGCCGUACUUCCGAACAUCUCGGAGGUGUGGAUCGAAGGCAAUCCCUUCGUGGAGGCGGAAGAGAAUUACCGAGUACGAUGUUUCGAUUAUUUCUGGAAAGAGGGGAAGACGAUCAUGUUGGAUGGUGCUUUACCCGGGUUUUACGAGCGAAGAAAUCGUACGGCGCCUUUACCUGAUGAAGUCUCCCCGCCCCGUGUACCUGUUGCGCCUUAUUCGCCGCCUACUCUUCCUGUCGGAUCGGCCGCCGCGAGUAAGCCGCGUGCAGAUAGCCAAAUGUUGUCUUCGGGUUCUUCGUCGAAUGUACCUUCACCAAGCUUACAACCUCUGGUAGCGAAACCAAAGAAGAAACGCAAUAAACGUAUAGUAGCAUUGGACGGCGGCGAAAGCGAUUAUCGAAGUAGUGAAGAUGGUGGAAGGAUAAGAUCAGAACCCCAGCGGGACGCUCGUUCCAAAUCGCCUCCCGAGACUCUCCCAACCGCUCAGGAAGGUUCACCACAAUCAAAGGAAGAAGCACCUAUUCGACGAUCUCGUCACUCACGCUACCGGACCGAAGUAACCACCCCCAUCUCUCCUUCCAUUGACGCCUUUACCUCAACCUCCCCUCGCUCCGGUACAGCAGGCAGCCUAGGUCGCCGCACAAGCAGUACUCGACGGAACAGGCUCUCCGCAUCCAUGUACGAACCACCCAACGUCGAACCCAACGAAACCGACUCAACAGCGAAGCAAAUGCGUGAUGCUGAACAGUUCCGUGCAAAGAUCGAGGCGCUACGCGCCGAGAUGGGUGAUAACUGGCUUCAAGUACUGAGUCAGACACAGCUCAGAUCGGAACAAUCUACGAAACGCUAGUCUAGUCUAGUCUAAUUCUGUCUGGUUCCCUUUCUCUUCUCUUCAAUAUUAACAUUGUGCACUUCCUGUUUGCCGUUUACUUGUUUAUGCAGGCACGUUUGAAACGUCCUUUUAUAAUUUGUUUAGAAUAGUUAUGCAUGUGUAUGCUUUGUUAUUAUCAUGGCUUUCUUCAGCUUUAUAUGCAAUAAUUCUUGCGUAUCAAAUUUUUUAUUCCAGCUCAUCGGAUUUCAUAUACCUCCUAUUUUUCACGAUAUGUAUCAUGAUUCGGAUGUCAAUAGAACAAUUUUA